AUGGAGUCUCUCAUUUGUAUAAAAGCAUAAAUGCAAGGACCAUGCAAACCACGUUACUUUGAGACUUUUCUUCAUGUUUCACUUCUUCUUCUACUUGUACACUGAAGAAAUACCAGAGUGCUAGAGCUUAAAGAGGUAGUCCAUUGUGUGGAGCAGUUAAGCAAUUGCUGUAGGAAUUGAGUGAUAAAGGAUGGGUUUUGAACCAUUGGAAUGGUACUGUAGGCCAGUGGCAAAUGGGUUUUGGGCAAAAGCAGUGGAUAGUGCUUUUGGUGCAUACACAACUUGUGCAGUUGAUUCUCUAGUCAUUUCCAUUUCUCAUUUGGUUCUUUUUGGCCUUUGCAUUUAUCGAAUAUGGCUUCUUAGAAAAAGUUCCAAAGCCAAAAGGUUUCUUUUGAGUUCGAAUUACUACAAUUAUAUUUUAGGACUGUUGGCUGGUUAUUGUACAGCUGAGCCUCUACUAAGAUUGGUGAUGGGUAUUUCUAUCUUUAACUUGGAUGGAGAGACUAGUCUUGCUCCCUUUGAGAUGGUUUCUUUGAUGAUUGAGGCUCUCGCUUGGUGCUCUGUGGUUGUAAUGAUUGUUUUGGAAACUAAAAUUUACGUCCGUGAGUUUAGAUGGUAUGUGCGAUUUGGAGUCAUUUAUGUUUUGAUAGGGGAUGCUGUGGUGCUAAAUCUCAUUCUUCCAAUGAUAGAAUACUACAAUAGAUCUGUUCUCUAUUUGUACAUCAGCAUGGUCUUUUGCCAGGCUUUAUUUGGGAUUCUUCUUUUCAUUUAUGUUCCCAAUUUGCAAUCUCAUCCGGGUUACAACCUGCUGCAAGAUGAAUCCCUCGAUAAUGUUGAAUAUGAAGCACUUCCUGGAGGAGAACAUGUAUGUCCUGAGAGGAAUGCCAGUAUACUUUCCAGGAUAUAUUUUGGAUGGAUGACUCCACUUAUGCAGCUGGGGUAUAAGAAACCUAUCACUGAAAAGGAUGUUUGGAAGUUAGAUACAUGGGACCAUACUGAGACUCUGAUGGAAAAGUUCCAGAAAUGUUGGGUGAAAGAAUCUCAACGGCCUAAACCCUGGCUUUUAAGAGCACUGAAUAGUAGCCUCGGUGGGAGGUUCUGGUUGGGAGGUUUUUUCAAGAUUGGAAAUGAUCUCUCUCAGUUUGUGGGGCCUGUUCUUUUGAACCACCUCUUGCAGUCAAUGCAAAGAGGUGAUCCUGCCUGGAUUGGUUAUGUCUACGCCUUCUUAAUUUUCGUUGGGGUGUCAAUCGGUGUGCUAUGUGAAGCACAGUAUUUUCAGAAUGUUUGGCGAGUUGGUUUUCGGCUGAGAUCAACUUUGGUGGCUGCCAUAUUUCGCAAAUCUUUAAGACUAACUCAUGAAAGUCGCAAGAAUUUCCCAUCUGGCAAAAUUACUAACAUGAUCACAACAGAUGCGAAUGCACUUCAGCAAAUAAGCCAACAACUUCAUGGGUUAUGGUCAGCUCCAUUCCGUAUCACAAUAGCUAUGGUUCUUCUUUACCAGCAACUAGGUGUUGCUUCACUCCUUGGAUCACUGAUGCUAAUGCUCAUGGUCCCAGUACAGACAAUCAUCAUUAGCAAAAUGCAAAAACUGACUAAGGAAGGACUGCAACGGACUGACAAAAGAGUCAGCCUCAUGAAUGAAAUUCUGGCUGCCAUGGACACCGUAAAAUGCUAUGCAUGGGAGAAGAGCUUCCAAUCUAGAGUUCAAAGUAUGCGAAAUGAUGAGUUGUCAUGGUUUCGUAAAGCACAAUUACUUUCUGCGUUUAACAGUUUUAUACUGAAUAGCAUCCCAGUUGUCGUGACAGUGGUUUCAUUUGGAACAUUCACUUUGCUGGGUGGGGAUUUGACACCCUCAAGGGCAUUUACAUCACUCUCUCUGUUUGCAGUGCUAAGAUUUCCUUUAAACAUGCUUCCUAAUUUAUUAAGUCAGGUACUCCUGCUUGAACAAUUCUCCCCAAAAAUGGCUCAUGAACACACGAUCGCGAUCCGACACAAUCGUUCGUGGAAACCCAUGAAGCUUAACUACAUCUUUAAUGAAUGCUGCUGCCACUUCCUUUGCUGUAAAAGGGUGUCUGAGUGUGAGGAAAUGGUUGUAUUUAGUGAGUCUGUCGACUACCACCAGGAUAAUAUCCACAUUGUGCACUUUUGGGAGUCCCACUAUAAAGUCCAUAGAGAUGUCUUCCCAAACCGGAACAGGAAUAGGGAGAGGUUGUAG